AUGCUGAAAAAUACAAAUCACUUGUCCAGUACCCCGUCUACUCAUCCAAAUGACCGUGAAAAACUGUUUGACUUUGGAUUACCGCCCAGUGCAAGGAAAGCUUAUGGAAAUCUCGCUGAACAAUCUACUAGGAAAGCCUAUAGUAAUAUUAAUCUCAGUGAUACAUUAACUGACACAGAUGAGGAUUAUUCACAAAAAGACCGCCGAUAUUCAUACUAUGAUCAUUCUAGUACCAAACAGAAUGCGAAAAUAGUGAAAGCAGGUUCAUUCAAUUGUACUGAUUCUUUUAGCUAUGAAAAUGGUUCAAGUGACUGGAAUUCAAGUAAUUAUCGUCACUUUCCACGAUUCAAACCUUCUGAUGAAAAAAUUGAAAAUGAUACACAAUUUGGCAAACAAUCUGAAUCACCAUCUAUAAAUAGAAAUAUUAGUCCAGUGGCAAUUGCUUCAUCUACACCAAAAAUAAAUCAUAAAACACCGACAGUUAUGAAUAUAACAAAUUCAUCUGUUAUUACAGGGAAUUCUUUUGAAGUUUCUGCUGAUGGAAUGAAUAAUAGUAGUAUUACUCAGAAUAAUCCAUUUUCACCAAGGAAUGCAACUCCUACUGCAGAAACUAGUGCAAUUGAUGAUUCACCCAGUAUGAUGAGAAGUAGUGUAAUAUCUCCUACUAAGUUUAGAACUUUUCAGACGUCAGCAAACGAAGAUAAGGUUAAUAAUCAAUAUAAAAUGAAACAAGAUAAAUAUUUAAAGUCUUCUAAUAUUGUUAUUGUUCAUGCAGAAGAUGUGACUAAUAAUUACAAAGAGAUUUAUCCACGAUUUACUGAAAGUUUAAUGCAUUCAUAUAACAAUCACAGCAUGGCAAAUUCACCAAAAGUGAGUAAUAGACAGCAUAUACAGUUAGUUUAUGCUAAACCAUCGAAAUUGAGAAGAGAUGUUAUGGCACAUAAUGAUCAUGAAGAAAUAUCACCAGUAAAAAUGAGCAUUGCACCUGUAACUUUAUCAGCGCCUACAGAACCAUACAUGUUUGAUGACUAUUUUAUAAUUAGAAAACCUGAUCUAAGUGAUAUACCUGAACAAAAGCUUGCAACUUUAUCUAAUCAAUUUGGUGAACUUAAUGAUUCUGUGGAACGUGUUAUUAUUCGUAUAUUCGAUUCAGCUGUAGUUCCAGGUGGUGCACUACGUGGUGUUGUUUAUAUAUGUCUUAAAGAACCAAUUAAAUUGAAUACUUUAACUAUUACCACAGAAAUGAUUACGAAAACAAUAUCUUCAGAUGAGAAACAAGAUAUGGAGAAACGAAUACCUAUAUCAUAUACUGUUUUGUCAGAUGACCCAUCAGUUGGUAAAAGAAUGCCAAUACGUAAAUUUACUUGUCAAGAACCAGAAUUUAUGCAGUCACCAGUAAAAGAAGUUGAUCUUAGUGAUCCAUGUUUCUCACCAUAUAUUGGACCUAAAAUUAUACAUAGAUAUUAUAUCUAUGGAACCAUCAGAUUGAGUCGACCAAAUGAAAAUAAUUCAGUAACAAUCAGUACAGAUAAUUUAAAUGUCAAAGUUCUUAGUUGUGGUCCACCAAAUUAUACACUUCCUAAUGGUGGACGAAUACCGGCUAUCAUGAAAACAUUUACAAUGGAAAAUAGACAAAUGCUAAUACAGAUUGAAAAUAUAAUCUUUCAAGAGGCUGAUGAUAUUAACAUUUAUAUAUUUACGGAUGAACCAGUUGGUAUACGUUAUGCUGAAGCUUAUUUACUUCGUAUAUUUCAUAUACCUGGAUUAAAAGUUUCUGAUUCAAAAGCACUAUAUAAAUUGAAAAAGUAUCCUCCUAAUGUUUUUAUUGAUGGCCGUACAGAAAAAACUACUUUUACUGAAAAUCUACCCUUACCAUUCUCUGAAGCAGCUGAAAUUGAAAGUGGACGAUUAUUUUCUAAUUCACAAUAUUUACCAAGUCAUUAUCGUGAUUUUCGUGUAUCAUGUGAAUCUUUAAACUCAACAGAACAAUCACAAAGAACAUUACAUUGUGAAACAUAUAAAGAUUUACCUAGAGAUGCCCGUAAAGCCGGUUGUCAUUUAACUUUAAACGUUCCAAUCAAUUCAGUUCCACAAAGCUGCUUAGAAUCACUGAAGAUAACUUAUUAUAUUAGGGUACUUAUACAUGGUAAACGUAAAGUAAUGGCUUAUAGUUUACCAAUAUCAGUAGUUGAACAACGUACUAAAGAUUAUAAAAUGCGUUAUUUGGGUGAAGGCAAUCAUAUAUACGAUCCAGAAUAUUUAAAAUUAAAACGUGACAGUAAAUGUUCCGUUUCAUAA